UUCGUCAAAAUGGUGGCAAAGUUUCUUCUAUUGAUGGCCGUUCUGGCCAUUGAACGAGGAGAAUUAGUUCCACCUGUUGCACGUAGAGCACCAUAUGCCCCAGCUGGUUGGCAUCCACGGAUUCCCUUUAAUUUGCCCAACAAGUAUGUGCCUCCGAUCCGAUCAAGUCAGGGAGUGGAGAUCACCAAGGCACGAGUGGACCAGAUCGAACCAGUGGAUAAACCUCAACCAAACUAUCUGCCCCCGCAACAAGUGGAUGACCCCGAGGAAGAGAUCCUGCCGAUCUCCCUUCCGGCUAACCAGUAUGGUCCUCCUGAUCCUGGCUUCAAAAUCAUCUAUCCCGACGAGGAGGAACCAGCGACUCCCAAGGACUCCGUCGACAAUCAGCAAUCGAAUGUCAGAGAGGGCCGAUACUUCGUUAUCUCUCAGGAUAAUAAACUGCAGAGAGUUACUUUUAGCUCUCAGCAAAAUGCCAAUGAUGAGGACUUCACGGCUCAGUUGAGCUACUCCACUGUGGGACAGCUCAAGGAUCCUGUCUACCGAUAUAACAAUCAGGGACAAUUGGAGAGGGUUUUAAAGUAG